AUGGCCGAGGACGACCCCCAUCUCUCACUUCCAACUCCGGAGAGUACACUCGGCUCCCCAUCUCAUUUCUACCCAUUCGCAACCUCCCCAGACAUCAUCCGAUCCCACGAGAAAGAUGUCUUCCUCACCGCAGGACUCAUCCAACAAGCUCAAACUAUCAUCCGCUCUUUAAAAGGCGCCCGCUUUGCACACACCUAUUCCGACGCGAUCAAGCACCUCACCGAACUCCUCUACCUCUCCCUGACAACUGCAAUCGGAAAUCGCACUCUCGGCGAGGAAUACUGUGAUCUCGUCCAAUUAGAAGAUGACUCGCUCCGUCUUCCAGCCAUCACACGGCGUGUCGGGUACAUUCUCAGUAGUAUCCUCGUACCCUGGUGGUUACAGCGACUACUUCCAGCCCUCCGACAACGGGUUCGGAACAAGCUUGAAAGAAGCAUUGCGCGGCAACAGAUCAAGGCUGCGCAACAACAACUUCCCAAUCUGAUGAAGUCGAAUAGCGUUAAUAAUAAUAAGCGGGACAACCCGUUUUUCACCAAAUUGCGGAUCCAGCAGUAUCUGCUUGAUCAUUUGGAUUCCAUUACCUCGCUGUCGCCUAUCUAUGCGCUUAGCAUUGCGACAUUCUAUUUCACGGGCUCAUACUACCACCUCUCGAAGCGCAUUUGGAAGCUUCGAUAUGUCUUCACGAAAAAGAUUAAUGAGAAUGAGCAACGUAUUGGAUAUGAGGUAUUGGGUGUUUUGAUGGUUCUUCAGAUUGCUGUGCAGGGUUUCCUGCAUGUGAGGAAGAUAGGCGAGAGUAUGAAUUAUGUGGAGAAUGAGGUUGGAACAGAAGCUAGUAGUACGGGCGCGUCAUCUGAAGGUGGUGCUCUUAUUGCUUCUAUCCAGAAUCCGGUUUCUAUGCCAUUGUUGUCUGCCUCGGCUCCGAGAUACGAUCUGGAAGAGGAUCCCAGUGCAGUUGCAUGGAUCCCAGAGGGCCAACAGCGGAAGUGUACAUUGUGUCUGGAGGCAUUCAAGGAUCCGAGUGUGACAACUUGUGGACAUGUGUUUUGUUGGAUCUGUGUGAGGGAUUGGGUGCGUGAGAAACCAGAGUGCCCCUUUGUCGACAAGAGGUACUCUUGUCUAAGAUCCUACCUCUGCGAGGAUAAUCCGAUACAUAUACCAUGA